AUGGAAGUUUGUAAAGGUCGUUUACUUGGUAUCUCAGUCGCUGUUGCUCAUGGAUUUUUCUCGGGAUCGUUGAACAUUUUACUAAAAUUUCUCAUCACGACUUAUAACUUCAACUACCUCACUCUCAUCCAGUGCCUCACCAGCACGCUGGCAGCGAUUACACUGGAGAUACUGAGGAGACUGGGCAAAGUAGACAUACCUCCGUUCAGUCUUCAACUCGCCAAAGUCUUCGGAGGUGUUUGUAUUCUGUCCACAUUACAGUCCACUCUGACACUAUGGUCUCUCAGAGGACUGAGUCUACCCAUGUAUGUCGUUUUUAAACGGUGUCUACCGUUGGUCACCCUAGGCAUCGGCGUUUUCGUUCUGAAGAACGGUAUCCCGUCAGUGGGGGUCAUAACGGCGGUGCUCAUCACUACUGGAGGAGCAGCUUUAGCUGGAUCUGGUGACGUGACGGGUGACACGUUUGGCUACGUGACGGGCGUCCUGGCUGUGAUCAUCCACGCCUCCUACCUGGUCUUGAUCCAGAAGACCAGCACAGACAGUGAAUAUGGUCCCCUCACGGCCCAGUACUCCAUCGCCAUCAUGGCCUCCCCAGUUCUCUUAAUCUGCUCCAUUGUCAGCAUGGACUCCAUCAACAUGUGGAGCUACACGGGCUGGAGUAACCCCUUCAUCUCAGGCAUCUUCUCCCUCUGCAUAGUCAUCGGCUGUGCCAUGAACUUCACUACGCUGCAAUGUACCUACAUCAACUCGGCCGUCACCACCAGCUUUGUGGGAGUGGUGAAGAGCAUCGCCACCAUCACAGUGGGCAUGGUGGCCUUCAGCGACGUGGAGCCCACCAGCCUGUUUGUUGCCGGUGUUGUGGUCAACACUGUGGGCUCCAUCACCUACUGCAUCGUCAAGUACUUUGAGACCAGGAGGAAGACCCUCUACCAGGACCUAGAGGAGCAAAGCAAGGACGAGAGUCUGCCUGGACAAACUUACAUUGAGAAGAAGCCUCCCAACGGAGACCUGGAGCCCUUGCCCAAUGGUCACGGAUGGUCCGAUGAAGGAUCGAUUGAACAGGUCCCCACACAGGACCACCUCCUCAAUGAUCAGAGCCUCAGUGACUACCCACUUCCAGACACCAGCAACAGCAUGGGGUCUGUAGAACUCCAGAGAGAGGCCUUUCAUAACGAGAAUCGGGCCAACCAGGCCAACCAGUCUGUGAGUGACAGUUACCUAAGGGUGUGUAGGUCCAUCCGUAACCUGCAGUUCUUGAACAACGACACCUUAAUAGAUAAUAUGGAGGUGCAGAGCCCUUAA